AAUUAAUUAAUUAAUUAAUUAAUUCAGUCCACCCCUUUUCUUCUCUCCUCGUAUCUGUUCAGUGUUAGACGACUGCCAUAUACUCUUCUUCUGCUGCACAGAUCUGUUGAUCACCACCUUCAAAAUUCCCCUGAGAUUCCUUCUCCGUUCACUUUUUUUCUUCUGAUCCCCCCACGGCAGCAAACCCUCGGCCUCAUCUCAGCCGUCAAUUGGCGCCGUUAAAAUUACGGUUUUACCCCUCCCCCUCGUCGCAUUUCAUUCUCGCCGCCCGCCGUCGCUCUGCCGCCUCCCCACUCCGAAAACCUGUUGAGGAAUUGAAGUUUAGCGGUUAAUUGGAUACUCACGGAGUUGCAUUUUUUCGUGGCGUGGUUUUUUGUUUCCCCCCCUCUUUUGCUUGCUAUGUGCGAUGAUGUAGUGGAUUGGGAACGAAGAGUAUUCGGUGGGCGAGGAUGGUGAUUGGGGGUUUCCGAUUUAGGGCUUGUUUGGGAAAGUGUGAAUUCGUUUUCUGAUGUCGCGGAACGGCGAUAGGAUGAGCAACCCUGACGUCAGCAGAGCGGGUGGGCCAGUCGAGAGAGACAUCGAGCAGGCUAUUACUGCUCUUAAGAAAGGUGCACACUUACUCAAGUAUGGAAGAAGAGGAAAGCCUAAAUUUUGUCCGUUCCGCCUGGCAAAUGAUGAAUCAGUUCUGAUAUGGUUCUCUGGUAAAGAAGAGAAACACCUUAAACUUAGUCAUGUAUCCAGGAUUGUAUCUGGUCAGCGGACUCCAAUUUUUCAAAGGUAUCCACGACCUGAGAAGGAAUACCAGUCCUUUUCUCUUAUAUAUAAUGACCGGUCACUUGAUUUGAUAUGCAAGGACAAGGAAGAAGCAGAGGUAUGGUUUAGUGGGCUUAAGGCAUUGAUUUCUCGUGGGCAUCAGCGUAAGUGGAGAACAGAAACAAGGAGUGAUGGAAUUUCAUCUGGAGCUAAUAGUCCUAGAGCAUACACCAGAAGAAGUUCUCCACUGAAUUCUCCAUUUGGAAGUGAUAGCUUGCAGAAGGAUGGUGCUCAGGAUGGUGCUGGUCAGCUUCGCCUGCAUAGUCCUUAUGACAGUCCUCCUAAAAAUGGUGUAGAUAAGGCAUUUUCAGAUGUUGUACUAUAUGCUGUGCCACCUAAGGUUUUCUUCCCUUCAGAUUCUGCUAGUGCUUCUGUACAUUCCAUUUCAUCUGGAGGUUCAGAUGGCAUGCAUGGUCACAUGAAGGGAAUGGGAGUGGAUGCCUUCAGAGUAAGCCUAUCCAGUGCUGUAAGCUCAUCGAGUCAAGGUUCUGGUCACGAUGAUGGUGAUGCCCUGGGUGAUGUUUUCAUGUGGGGAGAAGGAACAGGUGAUGGCACUGUCGGUGGUGGACUGCAGAGAGUGGGGAGUAGUUUAGGCGUCAAAAUGGAUUCGUUGCUUCCCAAGGCUUUGGAAUCUGCAGUUGUAUUAGAUGUUCAGAACAUAGCUUGUGGUGGAAGACAUGCUUCCUUAGUGAGCAAACAAGGAGAGAUAUUUUCUUGGGGUGAGGAAUUGGGAGGUAGGCUUGGUCAUGGUGUAGAUUCUGAUGUUUUGCACCCAAAGUUAAUAGAUGCCCUUAGCAAUACCAACAUUGAGCUUGUUGCAUGUGGUGAAUAUCAUUCUUGUGCUGUCACACUUUCGGGUGAUUUGUACACUUGGGGUGAUGGGCAUUUUGGAAUUCUUGGGCAUGGGAAUGAAGUGAGUCAUUGGGUGCCCAAAAGAGUUAAUGGGCCAUUGGAGGGGAUUCACGUAUCUUCAAUUUCUUGUGGGCCUUGGCAUACUGCCGUUGUGACAUCCGCAGGGCAGUUGUUUACUUUUGGUGAUGGAACUUUUGGAGUUCUUGGUCAUGGAGAUAGGGACAGUGUUUCAAAGCCUAGGGAAGUGGAAUCCCUGAAGGGUCUCCGUACCGUAAGAGCAGCAUGUGGUGUUUGGCAUACUGCUGCAGUUGUUGAAGUUAUGGUUGGAAGCUCAAGUUCCAGUAAUUGUUCAUCAGGCAAACUUUUUACAUGGGGUGACGGUGAUAAAGGUCGUCUUGGACAUGGUGACAAGGAACCAAAACUUGUUCCAACAUGUGUUGCUGCUCUAGUAGAACCAAAUUUUUGUCGGGUUGCUUGUGGACAUAGCCUGACAGUUGCUCUUACAACCUCUGGCCAUGUAUACACAAUGGGCAGCCCUGUUUAUGGGCAGCUAGGGAACCCUCAAGCUGAUGGGAAGCUUCCUUCUCGUGUUGAAGGAAAACUUGUGAAGAGUUUUGUGGAGGAGAUAGCUUGUGGUGCAUAUCAUGUUGCUGUGUUGAGUUCGAGAACUGAAGUUUAUACAUGGGGUAAGGGAGCAAACGGUAGAUUGGGUCAUGGGGAUGUAGAUGACAGAAAUUCUCCAACGCUAGUAGAAGCUUUAAAGGACAAGCAAGUCAAGAGUAUUGCUUGUGGUACUAAUUUCACUGCAGCUAUCUGCCUUCACAAGUGGGUUUCAGGGGUUGAUCAGUCUAUGUGUUCUGGCUGCCGUCUACCAUUCAAUUUCAAAAGAAAACGCCACAAUUGUUAUAACUGUGGACUUGUCUUUUGUCAUUCAUGCAGCAACAAGAAGUCACUGAGGGCUUCUAUGGCGCCAAAUCCCAAUAAACCGUACCGUGUUUGUGAUAAUUGUUUCAAUAAAUUGAAAAAGGCUAUUGAAACUGACACUUCAUCUCAUUCAUCUAUAAGCAGACGAGGAAAUAUGAAUCAGGGAACAAGUGAUGUAGCAGACAAGGAUGAUAGCAGAUCUCGUCCCCAGCUGACUAGGUUUUCUUCAAUGGAAUCCUUGAAACAAGGGGAGAUCCGUUCCUCAAAGAAGAACAAAAAGUUGGAGUUCAAUAGCAGUCGUGUUUCACCGAUCCCAAAUGGGAGCUCCCAAUGGGGGGCAUCCAAGUCUUUCAACCCGGUAUUUGGAUCGUCCAAAAAGUUUUUCUCAGCUUCGGUUCCUGGAUCGAGAAUUGUUUCUCGAGCCACAUCACCAAUAUCAAGGCGGGCCAGCCCUCCUCGUUCUACUACACCAACUCCUACUUUGGGAGGACUUGCAUCGCCUAAGCUUGUUAUGGACGAUGUGAAAAUGACAAAUGAUGGGCUUAGCCAGGAAGUUAUAAAAUUAAGAGCACAGGUGGAAGGUCUUACUCGCAAGGCUCAACUUCAGGAAACAGAGCUAGAAAGAACAACUAAACAGCUGAAGGAGGCAAUAGCAGUUGCAGGGGAAGAGAGUGCCAAAUGCAAAGCGGCAAAAGAAGUUAUUAAGUCGCUUACUGCACAACUGAAGGAAAUGGCUGAAAGGCUUCCUGUGGGUUCCGCUAGAAACAUCAAAUCUCCGCCCUUCACUCCUCUUAGUCCCCCUCUGUUGAAUGAUGUUUCAAAUGUCUCGAUUGAUCUGCCAAAUGGUCAAAUAAAUGGCCAGGAACUGCAACCGUACGAAUCAAACAACCUGUUAUCUAAUGGAUCCAGCACAGCAAGUAACCGCAGUUCGGUUCAAAGCAGACAAGGUAGUCAAACGGAAGCAGUGAUGAGAAAUGGUAAUAGAACAAAAGAAAGCGAUUCUCGCAAUGAAACUGAAUGGGUUGAGCAAGACGAGCCUGGUGUUUAUAUUACUCUUACCUCCCUAGCCGGAGGGCUCAAAGAUUUGAAGCGAGUUCGUUUCAGUCGGAAGCGAUUUAGCGAGAAGCAAGCAGAACAAUGGUGGGCAGAGAACCGGGCAAGAGUAUACCAAGUGUACAACAUACGAAUGGUGGACAAGUCGAGUGUUGGUGUUGGGAGCAAAGACUUAGGCUGACUGACGUAUGGAUGUACGUAUAUAUGAUAUCUGCGGUUUUUUGCUUUACCCCCAAAUAGAUUUCUGCUUCAGUCACUGGAAAUAUGAGAUUAAUUAGGUUGGCAUAUCAUGUUCGGAAGCCUGAGUUUGCCAUAUGAAGAGAGACUAGAGAACCCAGAGUUUUUCUUCCGGGAUUUCUAAGUCUUUUUUUUUUUUUUUUGGUUUUUAACCUUCGGUUAUUCUUAUGGAUUGAUUAUGCAUUUUUCACGUUUUUGCCCCUUACGAUGCGCCCUUGUGGAAGGGGGGUUGAGGGUGAGGAAUGUAAAUUCAUGCUAGGAUGCUGGCUCUAGUUGUGAGCAGCUUUCUAUGUAAAUUCCAUAAGCAAAGUCCAUCUUCGACUUAACGCUUUUUGUUCUAAAUUUUCUGUUUGAGUUUCCGUUGCUCCUGCUUUGAUUUGUAUGUAUAUAUACGUAACAGAAGAUGGUAGUAUGGUAUAUAUCAGCAGCUAUUUCAUUGACUUGUUCA